GGUUAGGGACAGUCAACAUGUUGAAUAGGGGACUUAUAUUCCCGAUUGUCUUUGGUGGAACUUUGAUUUUAUUUGGCUUCGGAUUUUAUCACAGGUAUAAGCUGAUCGUCAACCCCGCUGAAAAAGAGGAAAGAAGGAAGUACAACAUACAGCAGGCGCUGGAAUUUCGUCGUAAAGUUCAAGAGAAAAUUGACGAAAAGGUUAAUCCUUGAUCGCCAGCCUAGUGUAACCUGUGGGAUCUUGAGGAUUUAAUUUAAUUUAAGCGCAGGUCCAAACUUAUAUUUUAAUCGACUUCUUUGUUUAUUGAAAGUGAAUUAACAUGUUGAUCGGUGGCAAUUUGUAAAGGAUAUUAUGGGAAAAACUGCAUUUAUAGAUGACGGGUGAAGUGAAAGGAGCACAGUCUAAACGAUGCUUGUCGCGUAAGAAGCAAUCUAAAUCUUGGAAAUUUUCGAAAAAUGAUCACUGUCUAAAUGAAACUGCCAGUGGAACUUACACAGCCCUCAGAUCAAGACAAUCAGCUCUCUCAAGUCCGAAAGAAAGUUCUAAUCAUUUAGCAAGUUUAUCAGUGAUAAAUACUAAAGAUAUUGACUGUGUUGGUGAUGAUUACCUCAAUGCUGAACUAAUCGCAGGGGUGUCAGGAGAGCACACAACUGAUGUGUUUAAUUUUUGUGAGACUGAAGGCGAGGGUGAUGAUGGGAAGUCAACGGCUGUGGAUGAGUUAUAUGGCAAUAAACGCAAGAGGAUUGACACUGAAGAACUUGAAUCUGCAAGCUCUGCUCAUGUGUUUAAGUUUAAAAGGACUCGCAAUGCUGUAAAUCUAAAGCAAGCUUCUUUGUGCCUCGAAAAAUGCCAAACUUACAGAUCCAAAGCUGUGAAUCCAAAGGAUGCUAAAUCCACUAAUGAGACUGACUUCAGAGAUAAUAUCAAAACUUUGUCCUCAGAAGAUGGUUCAUUGCACCAGGUGCAUGACAGUAAUGUUGUUGUAGGUAACAUUGUAUUAAAAAAUAUGAAUAAAGAGAAUCUGGAUAAAGAAAAUGCAGAUGAAAUGGAUACUGUAUCCAAUGAAGAAACUGCAAAAUAUAAAGAGCAUUCUGAUGAGAAGCAGAACUCUUCAAAUGACAGGGUUUGCCCAGUCUGCAGUUUCAGCUUCAUAUCAGCAGAAAAUUUGGAUACCAUAAACAAACAUAUUAAUAGUUGUCUUGACAACUGUUCCGAUAGCAGGGUCAAGGAACAAGGUUCACAAGAAGUGACUUGUGAAGGGAUCGGAGAGGACUUGUAUUUCUGUCAGCUAUGCCAAAAGGAUCUGUCAAGGAUGAACUCACAGAGACGUCAACAACACUUAAACCGUUGUUGUGAUCAGGCCAAUGAAAAGGAAAUACUUCAGUCAAAUUCAGUUCCAUCUCAGGCUCAAUGUCCUAUCUGUGGGAAAAGAUUCAAAACACCAAAGGCUCGCCAAAUACAUCUCAAGAAAUGUGCUCAGCAGUACAAUGUAGAGACGAAUCAGCUGUUGGAGAUUGUACGUCGGGAGAAACAGCAGGAAGACAAGACUUCUGUAACCACUGGGUCUGCGGAAAAUGUGCUUCCUUCUAGGAAUCUUACUGGAGUGAAAAGAAAAAGGAGAGGUACUGCAGUCAGGGGUGACUUUGAUGAAGAAACUCAGCUUGCUUUGGCUUUGUCAGCAUCCAUGGCCCCACCCCUACCCCCACAGGCACAGGCCAAAGGUGUGAAGGGAAAAGGAAAGAAGAUGAAAGGUGGUAGUGAACUGCCAGCAUUGUUGCUUAGAGAUGAUGAAAGUGCUCAAAGAGCCGUUAUGAUGAGAGCAGCUCAGGUUCUUUGCACAGGAGAAGAAGUUGAUGAGGAGGAUGAAAUAUCAUGCACUCCUGCUCUUGCUCCAAGUCGAUUAGCUCAGAAUAUUCCAAGCAAUCAACUUCUACCUGGCAAAGAAACACUACAAGAGCAUCCUACUACUUUUGCAAGUACAUCAGAGACCAUCAACAUGAUUGGAUUAGAUUGCAGUACAGUAGAAGGCAAGCACAUGUGUGCAAACAGUGGAAAUAAUGCUGUCAUAAUGAAGGAAUAUUUUGCCUCUGUUGAUCCUUCACUAAGCAGAUCAUUUCUAAAUGUUUUAUAUGCUGGUGAAAACAAUGACAGUAACCCAUGUCAACCAAAGGCACCAACUUCCAGUCCACUUUGGUCAUUAGCAUCCACAAAGGACCAGUCCUAUCAGGAAUUCUAUGUACAAGGCCUCUUGCCUCCUGCUUCACCAGUUCAGAAGAAUGUUUCCUGCAAUACUUUUCAUGAUCAAGUUGCUGCAAAUGCUGCCACUAAAGAGGAGACAUCAGGCCCUGUGCCAUGUGAAUCAAACAUGCAAGUGUCAGGAAAUCCAAAUGGAGUUGGUGAAUGUGAAGAGAUAACACCGUCACAAGCUAUGAAUGUACAAAUGUUGAUGGAUCUUUGUGGUGAUGAUGACAUGUCUAAAGUUUUAGCAAACCCCCAGCAGAUGGUAACAGCCAUGGGUUUCUGUUUUGAUGAAAAAGAGAAUCUAAAUAUUCAUGAGGGAACUCAUAUGGUCCCCAGUGGAGUUUCAAAAUUGCUUCAAGAUUUAUCAUCCAUGGUAAACAACUCAUGGCUUAGUGAUGUUGUUAUUAAUCUGAAAGAUGGUCAAAAGUUGAUGGCACACAGCUUUAUUUUGUCCCUCAGAUCCAAUGUUCUUUCACAGAUGUUGGAGGAACAAAGAUCUGGAUGUAAAGAUGGAGGGCUUCUUAAUCUACAGUUUGAGGAAGUUGAACAAUUUAUUUUCGAAGUUACGCUAAGGCACAUUUAUACUGGUGAGGUCAUCAUCCCUGAGCAUUGUGCAUUGGGUGCCUUAACAAAUUUGGCUGAAAGGCUUGAACUGCCAUGCCUUCUGAAAGCAUGUAAGGACACUAUGUUUCGGUUAAAGCAAGCGCAAGAAAAUAAAGAUGGUGAUGAAAUUAGUGAUUGCGUCGUCAUUGAUAUGAAAAAAUUUGAGCAAGAUAUUGAGCAAGUUAUUUGGACAAGUGAUCAACACAACGAUUUCGGCUUGGAUUUUCAAACUCCGCGAGAUGAAGAACAGGAAGGUACAACUGACCAGUUAAACGAUGAAGACAUCGAAGAAAUAAUGAUUUUCCAAACUCAAUCACUUCAAAGGGAAGGGAGUGAAAAUUUGAAGGAGAGCUCGAAAAAUCCAUUAAGCCUGAAUGAACAACAGUCAAGCAAGACAGAAGCAGAUUUGACAGGUAAUUAUCGAAGCAAGUCUGUUGAAGAAACAUCUGUGGAAGAUUCAAAUCCUUCUGCGUCUAAUGGAAAAGAAAGUAAGUUGCAAACACUCUCCAGAGAUGAUAAUCCGUCGUAUAUUACUAUUGAAGGUAGUGAUGCGUCACCUAAUCUUCCUGAAGAAGAUGAUUGGUCACGUAGUCCUGUCAAACAGACAGGAAAAAAAUUGCAUGAUGAUGCUGAGAAAGGAAAGAAGUUCCAAUUUAAUGGCUCAUAUGCAAGAGAAAGUAUCGUUGAGGAAGAUAUAAGUACCAAGAGGGAACAUUUAUCCCUUCCAAACGAACAAAGGGGAAAUAAACUACUUCACGAUCACUAUACAUUGACAGAGUCUUGCGAGAAUGAUACGUUUUCACCUGACUCUUGUAACAAACCUGUUACAGGCGGAGAAACAAUCAGCAACCCGGACGAUGUCGAGGUACAGCGGCAUGGGAUAAGACAAAUUUGUACACUUGAAUUGGAACAGUCCGUUGAUAGUAAUGACAAAUUACACCUUCCUGAGGAAUUUUUGGAAAUCGAUGUUAAUGUGGAUAAUUAUCCCGAGAAUGCCGAUAUCUAUAACGUGUCUACAGAUCUGUUAAAUGAUGCAAAUCAAGUCAAUCAUGAUGACGCUGGGGAACCAGAUGUAUCAGGUGAACCAGAUGUAUCAGGUGAAAUUCAACCAAAUUGGUACCAAGAUCUUAACAUUUUGGAGGAAAGCUGCAACAAGCCUGGCUGUGUAAAUGUGUUUGUACUGGAAGAGGAAGAGAAGCGGGAAAAGGAAGACUUGCAGGGGUCCCCAGGGAAGGUACCUUUGUCAGACAAUGAGGAAAGUGAGGACGACACUGUGGAAAUAGCUGCAAAUGAAUCGAUCACAUUGAUCAGCGACAAUGAGGAAGAGGUCCUCGAUGUGUCUCCUCGAAAAACUGAUGUGACUAUCGUCCCAGAGACACCUCAUGGAUGGGGAAGCACCUCAACUAAAUUCCUAUCAACAACCUCUGUCAGUGAAGAAGACGAUGUCAUUGUAACUGGUUCCUCUCCGUCCAAAUCACGUAGACAAUUGAGCGAGGAAGCAAACCAAUUUCUGUCCAAACUAAGACAGCGUGCAGAACGUAGUAUAGGAAAUAAGCAAGUGAAAGAAAAGUCAAGACGCAAUGGUGUGACUAAUAAAUCUUCGGUAAAAAUAUCAGCCAAUCGUUUAACGACCACAGAGAAGUCUCUUGGGAAACGAGACAACCUAGGUGAACCGACUUCAUUAUCAGGAAAUGUAGAGACUUACAAUGUCUCACCAACACGAGUGACCUUGUGGGGUACCAUGUCCGCUAGUGUUUCCCCAGUGCGAACUCCCCCUAGGGGUUCAAAAUCCCUCAAAGGCUCUGAGAACAGUAGUUGCUCGCCUGGAAACCUCAACGAAGAGUGUGUUUCAGAAGGGGUCGAGGUUGGAAAUUCUCCUUCUGUUUCCCCAUUUAUAGACGAUGACGUAGUGCAGACUUCUGAAACUUGCAAGAAAGCAAAAGAUAAAUUGACAUGUCCUUCAGAGAGAAAGGAAGUUUCAGGGGAAAAAGAAUUCGAAUCCAUAGGACCUAUCAAUGGUGAAAACAUAGAAUUUAACGGAGAUGAGCCAGAUGAUGGCAUUUAUCGAGACUUUCCUCUGUCAACUUCAUCUUCUCCUGGCAACAUUAUGUCGCAGCCAGUCCCCUCGCCGAGCUAUUAUUUCUUUGAUGCUGUUUCGUCUCCAGACUCCCCAGUACCUUGCACUUCCCCUCCAUCACAACAGAUCGCCUUAUCACCUGAUCUUGACUCGCCCAGUCUUCCAGUUGAUUGGAAGUCAUCAGCAGCCACAAGAGGAAUGGGUUCUAGUCCACAAUCACAAUCUCCAGUGUCGCCUUCCGUUUGUUCAUUUAGCUCGCAUCAUGCGUUCAGUCGACAAUUAGAGAAUGAGAGGAACCACUCUGUGAAAAAACUGGAGUUCGAACAGAAUUCAGAUGACAAGGAAAAGCCACGAAAGACAGAAGUGGUGAAGAUUGAUCUUGACGUGCCAUUGAAAGAGAGACUAAAGGCCGCACGUGUUGGUGGAACUAAAAUGUUCUUUAUUAGCGAUGCUGAUGAAGGUGACAGCGAUACAGACAGAGUUGAUAGUUAUACCAGAAAUGAAGACAAAAGCGGUGAUGAGCAAGAAAAGAACUCCUCGGCUAAAGAGGAGCAGCAAACAGAAAGCGUUUCACUUGGUGACGAGUUUGAUUCCUAUGACGAUGGGGGCUUCAAUGUUGACAUUGAUGAAGUAAACAAACUUGAGGUCUUAAAUGUUGAUAGCGAUGUAAAAGCAAGGGAAAAGCGCCAUUGUGAUAAAGAUGUAAAGGAACACAAUCUGUUGGCGCAAGUGGAUGCUUCAAUGACGAGUAAAGGCAAGAGGAAAGUUCCUUCAAGUCAAGGAAGAGUCCGAGAUAGUGAUAGCAACAAUGAAGAUGAUGAAACUCCGUCAAAGCGUAGGAAAAAGUCUCACAUUAAGUCAAACAAGCAGGUAGAACAGAAGGCGAAACAACCAGUAACACCCAUGCCGAACUACAUCGAGAUGGCCACCCCAGUAUUAAAGAAUGAGCUGUAUAAGUUUGGUGUUCGUGCUCUCCCGAAGAAAAAAAUGAUCUUGAAGCUUAAAGAGAUCUAUGAUUACACACAUCCAAAUGAACCACAUACACAGGGGAGUAAAACAUCGCUUCCUAUUGAUGGAGUUGAAGAAAGUGGAAAUGCAAGCAGUGAUAACAGUGAUCAGGAGGAUACAGAAUUUGGAGACUGCACUACUCUGAUUGAAGAUGACGUCAUAACAGCAUCUCAGCAGAUCAACGGAGGAGAUCUGAGAGAGAAGCUGGCUUGUUACAUCCGUGAUAACAAAGAGCUCUACCAAAAAGUCUUACAGUUUCAGCCACUAGAGUUAGCUUCACUGCAUCAACAAAUUAAAUCUGACGGCAUCAGUUGUUCUUUGGGAAAACUUGUGGAUUUCCUCGACCAGCAGUGCAUCACGUUCACCACUGCUGGUUCAAGACAACCAAGGAGACGAGGAAGAAAAAAGAAGUGAAAAUUAGGUUAUGGAUGAGAACAGGAAAAACCAAUAGAAUCAUCAGUCAAUGUUAAUUAGCCGGAAUUUAAUAAUUUGUUUUUAUUUGAUUUCGUGCUGUUAAUUGCUUUGAUACCGAUUGCUAAUAUGUGGGCGCCCUAAAAAAACCUUGAGAUCAUGCUCAUGUUAUUAAUCAAACCUUGUAGUACUCUGCAAUGAAACAAGGAAAGUCUCUUAAUUAUUCUUGUCGUUUUCUUGAUCUUGAUUGGUUGAGAUUAUGGAAAAAAACGUGUAGGUCGUCAAAAACCCAAUCGAAAGAAAGAGACCUACAGGAUGGUUGUAUAGCCGGAUAAUUAAGAACAACUCCCCAAGUCUUCUUGAAUGGUAAAUGAUUAGGGUUCUUGUAUUUCCUGUUGGGAUAAGUGAGAGAAGUGUAGAAAGCAUCUGUUUUGUCUAAAUAUACUCAACAAAAAAGACAUUUCGAAAGUCGAAAUUUGGCCAGGAGCAGUAUAGUCCACCAAAGUUUGCACGUGUAAAUAUUCAAACCUAGAAAUACUGUUUCGAAUUCGUUACUUUUCAUAGUACAAGUGAAAUCCGUUGUUUUGUGCGAAAAAAGUUAUCAACUGAUCAAUAUUAAUAAAAGCGU